GGAGAACAUGGCGUCCAUUAUUAGAGACACAAGUGAGAUUUGGAGCCGACUAUUCCGUCAUCGACCAUUUAUUCAAGGUGAAAUUACAUUCUUUCUUCGCGAAUUUCAGGAGAAGAGAGACGACCGAGAAGUGGAACGACUUUUCAAGAUACUUGAAUAUUCAACAGAAUUGAAAGAAAGUCAACUCGAUCGAGCAGAACAACUUGGAGAUUGUCAUUUGCCAAGUUUGAAAGCAAAUGUUGAUGUUGCCCUGAGUAUGUGUGAAAGAGUCCUCCAAAGGGAACAAGAUUUUGACAGUGAUAUAGCAUUGCAAGAAAAUAGAGAAAUAAGAAAAUUAGAAUGGGAAAAGUUUGUUAAUGAUAUGAGUGAAAAGUGUGAAAAAGUAAAUCAAACUUUUGAUGAAAAAGAGAAUGAAAUAAAAGAAUUUUAUAUUGACUUAGAAAGAAAGUUACAUAUUACAUCAUAA